AUGGCACUCGGCAAGUAUCACGACGACGAGGAGCCCGAGAAAAUCGAUAUCACGCCUCUACCUUCCGACGAUGGCAGCGACACACGAGGAAGCGAAUUAGAUUCCACUGGGGCUAUGCUGCGUUUGUCAUUAUGGAUGGCCUUUGCGGCGUGGAUAUUUAAUUUCGACCAUGGAUAUACCGGGACAGUUCUUAUCAUGCCGUCUUAUAGAAAGGCAUUUGGAACUUGCACGCAUCUCCUCAAUCCCACAACCGGCGCGACCGUUGAGCACUGCUCCAUUGCUCCGAUUCAACAAUCUUUAAUCAGUUUGAAUUAUCUAUUCACCGGUAUCGGCGGAGGUCUAUCUGGUUUGACAGGAAGAUAUACCGGUCGCCGCGGCAAUAUCCAGAUCGGCUGUAUUCUGGCCAUCAUUGGAGCGGCGGGAAUGUUAGGGACUGGUGCUGGACAAGCGGGGAGUUUCACACAUUAUAUGGUGUGUAAAUGCAUUAGUGCUAUUGGUCUUGGUCAGCUCAUUGCAUCAAGCCUCACAUACAGUUCGGAGUGCAUUGUCGCCAGCAAGCGUGGGAUUGCGCUGGGUCUAUACAACGUUGGAUUGGCACUGGGAAACGUUGCCUCGUCGGCAGUCUGCGCAGGAUCUGCUCAGCUGGAGCCGCACAAUAAUUGGCAGUGGAAAACACCGAUUUUGUGUCAGAUUCCACUGGGUAUUUUCCUCGGUGCUGGGAUUCUGAUGUUCCCUGAAUCCCCGCGGUGGUUGUUGAACCGUGGCGGAAGAGAAGAAGAUGCGCGGCGAGCAUUUAGUAUCCUCUACCGAAUUCCUCCGAGCUCGCCCACCAUCACAGCUCAGAUCGAAGAAGUCAAGAAUCACAUCAAAGCCGAACGCAUGGUCGCGGCGUCAACGUCGUGGCUCCAGAUAUAUCAGAAAAGUCAGAUUCGCCGUACAACCACGUCUGCGUUGAUUAUGGUUGGAAUGUCCAUUACUGGCAUCCAGUUUGUCCAACCCUACGCAACGACUUUCCUCAAAGGUGUUGGUAUCAGCAACCCAUACCUGAUUAAUGUGAUCAUUGGCCUCUGUAUUCUCGGCGGGGCAUGUCUCGGUCCCUUCGUCGUCGAAUACGGUGGACGGCGAUUCGCAAUUCUUUGGGGAUACAGCGCCAUGGCAGCUUGCAUGCUCGUCUUAUCUUCAGUCAGUACUGCAUUCGGAGGAGUCGGCGUUUCAAAGAUGGUCAUUGUCAUUUUACUUUCUCUCUGGUCAUUCGUUUUUGGCGGAACCAUCGCCCCUACUGCAGGCCUGGCCUCGGUUGAGAUGCACAGUGUAUCGCUGCGGACAUACGGUCAAGCUAACACAACAGUUUUGUACGGCCUUUUCUCCUUCGGCGCAACCUUUUGGACGCCAUACAUGUUGGAUCCAGACCAUGGGAAUAUGGGAGCAAAUGUCGGCUAUUUCUAUGCUGCGGUCACUGUGAUGAUUGCUUGCUUGGUGUUUGUUCUCGUCCCUGAGACUGCGGCGUUGACGUUAGAGCAGAUCGAUGAUGUAUUCAACUCGGGUGUUCGGCCGUGGAAGACAUCCAUGGCGGAGAACAGGGCUAUCGCUAGAGCGAGGAUUCAAGCACUGAAUGGGGAGUAG